CUGCCCUCGGCUACCGGAAGUCACAUAAAAUGAAAUGGGGAAAAGUUAGAAAGGUGGUGUAAAUAAUUCGGCGUUCUUUCGCUCCUUACAAACUCGUUCCGUCCCCGUUCUGUACGUUUUAAUGUUACGUAGCAUAGUCAACAUUUUAAAUUCUUGUGUGGAUAAAUUCGUCUCUGUGUCACUUUGAAGCUUCCUGGGCAAGCCGAAGCCUUGCUACCUGCUAACAAAAGAGACGCGGAUGUUUGCGACACAUCGCUAAGUUGAGGUCAAGUGUCCGUGUGAUUGUGUGAAGAUGUGCAAAGUACAAUUGCUGAGAGCCUUGGUGGAUCGGCACCUAACUGCUGCUGUUGAAGAAAUAUUUCUAGCGAUACAAGGAACGAUAUCAGCCUACGAGGAUGAGCUUUCUCGAACGGCGGAGGCACUUUCUCGAUCAAAAGAGGAGAACGAGCGACAACGUCAACUCCUGGACGCUCUUUUACAACCCCAAGUUGAGCUGGAAAGAGCAGACCUCUCGCAGUUGCCGACCAGUGAAGAAGAGUGGCAGGAGCGGAGCCCCCGGGUGAAGGAAGAGCAGCUGCAGCCCGCCCACAUUAAAGAGGAGGCGCUGGUACACGGCAUCAGUGAGGAGGGAUAUCAUCUUGAAGGGCUGAAGGACGCUGAUAUCACCAGUUUGCCACCGACUGGUGUCCCUGUGAAGAUCGACGACGAUGAAGCUAAAGGCCGAAGUGAGAAGAAGACAGAGGUGGAGCCUUCAAGCAGCAGCUCAACGCAACUUGUCACAAGAGAAGCUGAUGGAGACCACCGUGGAGGCUCACAUGAAGACAGCCUCGUCGCUCCGCUAUCAGAUUGUAAUGACGCAAUGUCACACCCUCUCGACACGGACGAUAAAGACUCUCGAGCUGAUAUGACACGUCACACAUGCUCCCAGUGUGACAAAACUUUUGUCUCCGAGAAGUCUCUGAAAGAACACUUUAUUCUGUGUCAGUCAAUAGAGAAACCAUUCGUGUGCACAUUGUGCGAUAGAAAAUACUCCCGGGAGGAUUCUUUGACAGCACAUGCACAAACACACACCAGAGAGAAACCGUUUUCCUGCCGUGUGUGCAACACCCGAUUUGGUCAUCGCUCGGGAUUGCAUUAUCACAUGAGAAAGCACACAGGAGAGAAACCUUUUGCUUGCUCACUGUGUGACCAAAGAUUUUCCCGAAGGGAAUGUUUGCGCACACACACGAAAACGCACACUAAUGGUAAAGGCAAACCCAAAACCUGCCCGGUCUGCGAAAAAGGUUUCCGUGAUGACUCAUCCUUGCUGGUACACAUGAGGGUUCACACGGCGGCGGAUCCGUUGAUGUGCUUAGUAUGUGGUAUAAGAUGCUCUACCAAGAGCAUUUUGAGGAAUCACACAAAGAUGCACCCCGGGGUAAAAAAAUUUUCUUGCUCAUUCUGUGAAAAAAAGUUUGUUCGAAAGGAAUCUUUGAUAGCACACACGAGGUUGCACAUUGGAGAGAAACCAUUUUCCUGUUCAAUCUGCAACACCAGUUUUACCUAUCAUUCGUCACUGACCAAUCACUUGCGAUUACACGCCAUUAAGGGUGCUUUCCUUGGUAAGGGUGCGCAGGAGUCGCAUUAAUGGCCGUGUUAUAGAAUAGAUAACCUGUUUGCAAGCUCCUAAAUACAUUUUUGAACAUUAUUAGAGUCGUCUAGACAUGAAAUGACACCGCUAUAGUCACCUUUCCACUCAAAGUAGUACAUGUAAUCAGUGCCAAUAAGCCAAUUAUUGGUGGCCGACAGGAGGUUAGGCCGGGGUUUAGAGUUGAGUUUUAGCUUGUUGUGGUCUGCGGCUGCAACAGUAACCCGUGUUAUUUGUAUGGUUAUUAUUAUUGUGCCUGUUGUGAGAUAUCUCAAAGCUCCAAUAAAAGCCUGUUGUCUGGU